AGGGCGCAAGCGCACUGCGUUCCAGAGUCUCGGGACCCUUUUCCGAGAGACUAUGGCGCUCAACAAGAAUCACUCGGAGGGCGGCGGAGUGAUCGUCAACAACACCGAGAGCAUCCUGAUGUCCUAUGACCACGUAGAACUUACCUUCAGUGACAUGAGGAAUGUGCCAGAGGCCUUCAAAGGGACCAAGAAAGGCACCGUCUUCCUUACCCCGUACCGGGUCAUCUUUCUGUCCAAGGGGAGGGAUGCCAUGCAAUCCUUCAUGAUGCCGUUUUAUCUGAUGAAGGACUGUGAGAUCAAGCAGCCUGUGUUUGGGGCAAACUACAUCAAGGGAACGGUGAAGGCUGAAGCAGGAGGUGGCUGGGAAGGCUCUGCAUCGUACAAAUUGACCUUUACGGCAGGGGGCGCCAUCGAAUUUGGACAGCGGAUGCUCCAGGUGGCAUCUCAAGCCUCCCGAGGUGAAGCCCCCAGCGGAGCCUAUGGUUACUCUUACAUGCCCAGCGGGGCCUAUGUCUUCCCCGCGCCCGUCGCCAAUGGAAUGUACCCCUGCCCUCCUGGCUACCCCUAUCCACCGCCCCCACCUGAGUUCUACCCGGGACCUCCCAUGAUGGACGGGGCCAUGGGAUACGUGCAGCCCCCGCCACCGCCCUACCCCGGGCCCAUGGAGCCUCCAGUCAGCGGCCCUGAUGUCCCCUCCACUCCUGCAGCUGAAGCCAAGGCCGCGGAAGCAGCUGCCAGCGCCUAUUACAACCCGGGCAAUCCACACAACGUCUACAUGCCCACGAACCAGCCUCCGCCACCUCCUUACUACCCACCAGAAGAUAAGAAGACCCAGUAGACCGCUCGCACCCCGCCUCCCUUCCCUCAUCUGUCUUUCCUCCCCUCCCCUUGGGGCUGAGUCUGGGUAGCGGGGAGGGUGGGAGGGCCUUGUCCUUCCUCCAGGUCUGAUUAUAAAGCAGUUACCAGGAACUAGCCUUGAGGGAGGGGAAGGGCCCCUUGACUCGGGAGUGGUGCCUCCCAGCUUCCCACGCAAGCCCAGAGCCCACAGCGCUUCCCUCUCGCCAUCACGGGGCGUCGCCCUCGUUCCUGUCCUGCUCUCUUGGUAGCUUCUACCCACGGAGGGACUCUCUGGCCACCUCCUCCACCACAGUCCAGCUCCCUCCUUUUGUAACCGCCUUAUCCUCAACUUCCUGAGCUCUGCCCUCCCCAGGGCCCCCUGCCAGGCCCUACUCACAUUCCGUCCACGCGGGUCUGUGCCUGGCUGUGGAAGGCCAGCUGCCCGCCAGCCUGUCAGCCUACAUUCCACUCCCAGCCGGCUUCGGCCCCCGUCGUGCUCGCUUUCCCUUCUCUGUCCUGUCCUUGGUCAUCGUGUUGCCACCGCGUUUGACUUUUGGCACUUUCCCACUAGCCGCCAGGGGCUGGGUGGCAUCAGGGCCGGGCCGCCGCGGUUGGGGAGGGAGCCCCUCUGCUUUCCUGCUGGUUUUUCUGGAAUUUGUUUCCCUUUGCCUUCUCUCUUUUCCCUCUAAAAGGGGCUUCUCGGACUGGAACUAGAGAAUGGGUGUCCACUCGGGCUGCCAGGCAGGCUGGGAACAGACCCCUGACCCCUGGGGGCCUGGCCUGGGCGCCGACCAUGACCUCUCACCAGCCCCUCAGCCUGCUCUCUUCCCUUUAAGCUUCAUGCCUGGUUGGCAGUAUGCCCCCUGGAUGCACUAAAAUUUGCUCUCAUUUUCUCCUGGACUGGCUGUAAAGAGAGGAGAUGGUUAUUUAAAGAGAAUUCCCUAUUUAUUUGACAGAAAAAAAAAUUCAGUUAAUAUAUUAAAGUGAAAUAAACCCUGUUUGCACCUUGA